AUGGUGGAAUCCGUGGAGGAAGUGAAGGAGGCUGUGUGGUCUUUCUUCAAAAAUAAAUUCUCAGAACCUGAAUCUUGCAGAUCUGUUUUGGAUGGCUUCACUUUUAAUUCUUCAUCAAAGGCUGAAGUUGAGUUUCUUGAGGCUCCCUUUACUGAUGUUGAGAUCAAAUAUGCGGUUUGGAGUUGUGAGGGUUCGAAAAGUCCUGACUCGGAUGGAUACAACUUUGUAUUUAUCAAGAAGUGUUGGUCGAUUCUAAAGGUCGACAUUACUCAUUUUUUUAUCAGAUUUCCAUAA